AUGACUGCAGGAAUAUACACACUGUCAUGUGUGAAAUGAUCAAACGUGGAUGUGUUUUGCAAGCAACAUCUUAUCUGGAUGGAUAAAGAUUGUAUUUUAUUGAAUGCAUUGUUUGCAUUUCCUGAAAAUCUGCAGGCUGUGACGUGGUGCCAUAUCUCAUGAAAUGCCAAGGGCAAGUUACCAGGAUCAGCGACAGUAGCGGCAACAGGCAAUAGCAGCAAUGGUAGCGGCGGCAGCAGCGGCAACAUUGACGGUGGCAGCGGCAGCAGGAGCAGAAAUUGUGGGAAAACACAAAAUUAACACAAGAAUUCGAGUUUAAGAAGGAAGAACAUGAGUUCAGGCUGCAGUGAUUAUCUACAAAACGAGAGACUCGAAAAGCAAAACUGACUACUAUCAAGUUAUGAAAGAGAGUAAAAUGUUUCUUAAGAAAAUUAAAUUUUGUGUACAUGUGAAAUGAGUGAUACAAUCCAAUAUGGACCCGUCCUGGAUUUAUUUGUUUUGUUUUUAUUGAUUUGAGUUUGAUCAUUGAGUUUUUCUUUUGUUCUUCAACUGCUUAACAGAGCAAGUAAUGAAUAGUAUUGAUUACAUUGACUUACCAUAUCUUAUUGUGUUUGUAACUUAGCACUCAAUAAUAUUUGUAAAAAGUAUUAGUCAAUAGUAUUUGUACAUUAAAUUUGUAAAAAGUUCCUGUUAUUCCCCAGGAAAGUAAAGUUAUUACAAUACUAUAGUUUAUUGAAAUAAUUACAAAUAGUUAUUAAUAGCAAUAAUUUUUAUGUACUUAUUACAAGUGAAAAAAGUAACUGAAUUUAACAAACAGGCUACUUAGCCUUUUUCUGUAUUCUUUCUUUAAACCCUUUUGAUCUAUUUCAAUUCAUUUGAUAGCUAUUUAUUGAAAAGAUACCAUUUGAAAUGUUCUCUAUUUAUUUGCAUGAUUAAGUUAACAUUACUGACUAACAUUAAGUUUGGCUGUUGAAAUUACAGUAAAACCCCAUAACUAAAACAUAAAUAAAAAUUUACUGUAUAUAUUUUUGAUGUUUUCAUGGAGCAUGUCCAAAUUAAGUGAGACAUACAAAUAUAUGGAAGAGAAACUGAUA